GCCCCGCCCCCCUCGUGGCCUCGCUCCUGGCUGUAGCGGGGAAGUGGCUGCGGCCCGCCCGGGAGCUGAGUGGCAGCCUGGGGCUGCAACCAUCGAGAAGCAGGCGCGUCGGGACACCCCGAGGCAUCCUCCGGUGCUGCUGCCCGCCCCCAGAGCCUCGGCUCCUGUUCGUCCGCCUUCAUCCCCCCCCCCUGCCGUCCCUACCGCCGCACCUCCUCCCUGGGCUUCGUACCCCCGGCAAUCGCCCCUAGCGAAACAUGACUCGCGAUUUCAAACCUGGAGACCUCAUCUUCGCCAAGAUGAAAGGUUAUCCCCAUUGGCCAGCUCGAGUAGAUGAAGUUCCUGAUGGAGCUGUAAAGCCACCCACAAACAAACUACCCAUUUUCUUUUUUGGAACUCACGAGACUGCUUUUUUAGGCCCAAAGGAUAUAUUUCCUUACUCAGAAAAUAAGGAAAAGUACGGAAAACCAAAUAAACGAAAAGGCUUUAAUGAAGGUUUAUGGGAGAUAGAUAACAAUCCGAAAGUGAAAUUUUCAAGCCAACAGGCAUCAGCUAAACAAUCAAAUGCAUCAUCUGAUGUUGAAGUUGAAGAAAAAGAAACUAGUGUUUCAAAGGAAGAUACUGACCAUGAAGAAAAAGCCAGCAAUGAGGAUGUGACUAAACCAAUUGACAUAACCACUCCAAAAGCUGCCAGAAGAGGGAGAAAGAGAAAGGCAGAAAAGCAAGUAGAAACUGAGGAGGCAGGAGUAGUGACAACAGCAGCAACAUCCGUUAAUGUAAAAGUGAGCCCUAAAAGAGGACGACCUGCAGCUUCGGAAGUCAAGAUUCCAAAACCAAGAGGCAGACCCAAAAUGGUAAAACAGACCUGUCCUUCAGAGAGUGACAUGGUAACUGAGGAAGACAAAAGUAAGAAAAAGGGGCAAGAAGAAAAACAACCUAAAAAGCAGCUUAAAAAGGAUGAGGAAGGCCAGAAGGAAGAAGAAAAGCCAAGAAAAGAGCCAGACAAAAAAGAGGGGAAGAAAGAAGUUGAAUCAAAAAGGAAAAAUUUAGCUAAAACAGGGGUUACAUCAACCUCUGAUUCUGAAGAUGAAGAUGAUCAAGAAGGCGAAAAGAAGAGAAAAGGUGGGAGAAACUUUCAGUCUGCUCACAGAAGGAAUAUGCUGAAAGGCCAACAUGAGAAAGAAGCAGCAGAUAGAAAACGCAAGCAAGAGGAACAAAUGGAAACUGAGCAGCAGAAUAAAGAUGAAGGAAAGAAGCCAGAAGUUAAGAAAGUGGAGAAGAAGAGAGAAACAUCAAUGGAUUCUCGACUUCAAAGGAUACAUGCUGAAAUAAAAAACUCACUCAAAAUUGAUAAUCUUGAUGUGAACAGAUGUAUUGAGGCCUUGGAUGAACUUGCUUCACUUCAGGUCACAAUGCAACAAGCUCAGAAACACACAGAGAUGAUUACAACACUGAAAAAAAUACGGCGAUUCAAAGUGAGUCAGAUUAUCAUGGAAAAGUCUACAAUGUUGUAUAACAAGUUUAAGAACAUGUUUCUGGUUGGUGAAGGAGAUUCUGUAAUCACACAAGUGCUGAAUAAAUCUCUUGCUGAACAACGACAGCAUGAAGAAGCAAAUAAAGCCAAAGAUCAAGGGAAGAAAGGGCCAAGCAAAAAGCUAGAAAAGGAACAAACAGGUUCAAAGACUCUAAAUGGAGGAUCUGAAGCUCAAGACAGUAAUCAACCACAGCAUAACGGAGACAGCAGUGAAGAAAGCAAAGACGAGGCCAGCAGUAAGAAAAAGCCAUCCAGUGAAGAGAGAGAGACUGAAAUAUCUCUGAAGGAUUCUACGCUAGAUAACUAGGUUGACAUACCUGGAAUAUAAAGAACAUUUGAGAAGUUUGUAAUGGUUUUCAUUUGAAAUAUUUAGACUGCUGAAAGUUUUAAAUUUUUAUAAACAUAGGUUUUGUGUUUAAAACUUGUUUUGAGGGAGAAAAUCCCUUUAUCUUUGUUUAAAAGUAAUUAAACAUUGCUUAAUUGUACUUGUGCAGUAUUAACAGCUACAUUAUCAGUGAAAGUGAGGGAAAACCCAUUUAGGAAAUGUUGAACUGCUUUUCCAGACAUUGGUUGUAGCAUAUUUUCAGUUAGUGUGUGUGUUAAUGUGUAAUUGAUAGUAGGAAAAGUUACAAUUUUUAAAACUGCUACUUGUAUAAACCUUUCCUAUUUUCCCAAAAACCGUGGGUUUUGUGCAUCGUUUUUACAAAUCUUGGAUUUACCAACCGUCUUUUCACUGUUUGUGGGUUUUGUAGAAGUUAUGCAUUUUUAUGGUAGAUAAAAUGUUACUUCUAUACCACUCCCUGCUUCUAUCUCAAGUUAACCUCACCGUCUACAUUGUGCUACAUUAUCCUGCUGCUUUGUACAAUGUGUGGUCUGUAUGCCUUUUUGUAUGACAACUAGAUAUCCAACUGACAAUUCUACAAGGUACAAAACUCAUGUUAACUUUUGAAGGUAAUUUAAUUUUGUGGUUGGGAAUUCAGUGGUCACAUGGCUUUCUUGCAGAGAACAGAAUGGGUGUAUAUAGGAAUGAUCUGUCUUUAGGGUUCAGCCAUCUAAGAUCCGUUACAGGCACUAGUAGCUGAAACUGAAAACUAAAUGAUAAAAGUUUAUUUUUGAGACAUUUCUGAAUUUUUUAAGAAGUCACACUCAUUAAGGAAGUCACUAAGUGGUAUUUUUUUAAUUGGAAAACAAUCUGUGAUGCUUAUAUGCAGUAAAUAAAAUAAAUACAAUAUAAGGAAACUAACCUAUUUGAAAACAUGGCUAUAUCAGAAGGAAGUUUUUAUUUCUGUAUGAUACAUGUGACAAGAUUGCAGAAAGUGGAAACAGUGCUCUGAGGCAGUAGAGAAAGUAAAGGAAUAUUUUUUGAUGGUCUGAAUAUUCAUGUUUAUGGACUAAAUUAAGGUGAACCAAGGUUAACACAAAAUUUAACGGUAACUUAACAGAGCAUUUCUAAGAUUUUUGAUUAGGUCAGUUGGUUUUUAGUAGCUAAAAGUCACUUGUGUUUUUAAACUAAAUAUGCGGAAAAGGCUUUUAAUAUGUCAGUGUUUGCAUGUGACAUGUUUGUUGUGACCUCAUAAUUAUGUUUAUCUAGAUGAAAAGUUUGAAUUAUUUCAAUAAUGGGAGCUUUGCUUUUGAGAGGUCUUAACAAUGGAACCUAGGACCCAUUGUUCUGAGGGAAGUCUUAGUACAAUUAAAAUUUGGACAGAUUUAUUCUAGUUAAGCCAUAAGUGUCAACAUGUAAAACUUGUUUUGAUUAAAGAAUUUUUCUAUCAAACCACUAGUAAAUUACUUCUUUGCUAUUUUACAAGUGUGUUGGAAUUCUGGAUUCACUUCCAAAGGAGUAAUUUCUUAGUUCUUUGUCAUAGAGAUUGUAUUGUUUGGGGAGACUGGGAAACUAAUAAGCUCAAAAUGACAACAAAUAUAGGAUGUGUUAUUUUUUGUUGACCUUCCCUUUUUUCCCAUGAGCCAACAGAUUUGUAUAGUUUUACCAAGAACCACAGAAUAUUCAACUUCUGGAGAUACGUAUAGCAGCAUUCUGAUUAUCUGUCUGCUUGUAUGGGCUGACCUUGCUCUAACCAGUUGAUUUAUGUGGUAUUAAAACAGUUGCCUUCUCUAUCUUAACCCUCAUUUCAAGAAAUAUUUCUCUUUGUCAGUGAUUUACAGAUAGCUACCAGUCUCACAACUCUUAAAAAGUCAUUGAAUUAUCAAGAAUUUCUAGGAGCACUGGCUCAAUUUAAAUUGUGUAUUUGGUCAAAACGCCACAGCUUGAACAAGUCACUAAGAAGAAAUAAUUUAAAUGAAAUAGCUGGCGUUACCCCCCCCAAUAAAAAAACCCCCAAGCCCCACAUUUUUUUGGUAUGUAUAAACAACACAUAUGGAUAACAUUUAAA